CACCCACUCACCCAGUCCACUCAUCAGCACUGACGGACGUUUGGGAGUGGCUAGAGGUUUAUUUUUGUCGCAGAUUCGCACUUGCUCAAUUCGCAGAAAAGUGAACACAGCAAGAGCAGAUAGGCUAACAAUCAACUUCCAGACAUUUACCUUCCAACCGACCUAUCAUCCACAACUCCAACACAAUUACUGCGCCUUGCUUGCUGGACGAUUUCUGGCUUUGCCUCCGGAAAUCUCACCUAACAAUACAAUCCGCCGCCACACCAUAACCCAUACUCCCGGAAAUUCCAGCUCCCCAAUCAGCAUGCAACAGCCCUGCCAAGCCUAAAUCGCAGAUCAUGACCGUUACGCAAUGAAUCCUGACAAGAAAGCGUAUCAUGAGCGCUUCAUGCGCGAAGCCAUUGCAAUGGCUGAACUUGCACUGCGCAGUGACGAGACUCCCGUGGGCUGUGUCUUCGUCAAAGAUGACGAGAUCAUAGGCAGGGGCAUGAACGAGACCAAUAGAACUUUGAAUGGAACUAGGCAUGCCGAGUUCGUGGCCCUCGCGGGUAUCCUGUCGAAACUUCCAAUCAGCAUCCUCAAGGAAACCGACCUCUAUGUCACGGUCGAGCCCUGUGUCAUGUGUGCAUCAAUGCUGAGACAGUAUGGGAUCCGAGCUGUCUACUUUGGUUGCUGGAAUGAGAGGUUCGGCGGCACUGGUGGUGUGUUGAACAUUCAUUCGGAUAUCAGUGUAGACAAACCAUAUCCGGUCCAUGGUGGCAUUUUCCGUGAAGAGGCCAUAAUGCUCCUCCGAAAGUUCUACGUACAGGAGAAUGAGAAAGCACCCGAACCAAAGCAAAAGAGGACUCGCGAAUUGAAGACCGAGAUCUCGCCCAUGGACAUCCAUGCACCGAAGAAAUGAAACAGCAACAGCGCCAAGAGCAGGUCAACUUGACGUACAGAUUGUUUGAUCUGUAAAAUCACCAAGCAUUCGCUUCAUCCGCUACACCCCGGCAAGUAUACUUAUAACAGCAUAUCCUAUCAAACGAAAUACGGGGAAAUGCCAUGGGUGUCAGUGCAGAGCGUCCAUGUUGAGAAUCCAUGAGAGCUCAUGCCGAUGAUGAAGUAUUGAAGAUAUGAAUGAGCAAUGAACAUUAUGUAUUGCAAUGCAGGAUUCCUUAGUAAUGCAUUCAACCCUCGUCUCUGGCGCC